ACCUGCUUGUCAGGCCCGGGCUGCCCUUUAUCGCAUAUCUGUAUAUCCACCAUGUUCACCGUCGACUAAGUGCUGCGUAUCGUUGACGCGUGAGGACAAUGUAUGCCCCUGCCAGAUGCCGAGCCCAUUCCACACAUUCCAGUUUUUCGGGACGGAAUUUGUUGUCUCCUCUGUUCUGAUGAUAGAGAGCGCUAUGUUUGUCGAGGGCGAACAGCUUUGAUGACGCACCUCAAGACGGCGCAUGGGUACACUCGUGGCCGUUCGGCGGGCCGAAUAUGUGGCGGAGCACCUGGGGGUGUUGAAGGCCUGGCUCUCGACGGGAUUGUUCGGUUCCCUAUGAUUUGCCAGGCGGUGUUCCACAAGACCACACACUAUCAAGCUGGCGAUCAACUCAAUCCAAUCCACCGCUGAGGCAUAUGAAAUUGAAGUGGAUCUUGCAACAGAUUUCUUGCAUGGGGUUGAUCAACCGACGCCUCUAGUGAAGUUGGAGUGGGUGGAAUUGACAUCCCGCCGGGGAUCAUGUGCCAUCCAACAGCAUGCCAUAUAUCACCCCGCCUUCUACCCGCAACCCGUCC